UCUGCUGUUGAACAACAUGGAGUUUAUGGAAAGCAGUUAUGAUGGAGAUUACAAUACUGGCAGGAUGGAGGGGACGGGCGAAUACACACUUCCCACUCACACCAGAUAUGUCGGAGAGAUGAAGGAUGGCAUGUUCCAUGGAAAAGGAGUGCUGCAUUUCCCCAAUGGAAGCAAAUAUGAGGGAACUUGGGAGAAAGGAAUAUGCAAAGAGGGAAAGUACACAUUUUCUGAUGGCCUGGAGUAUAAAGAGACGGACUGGGAUUAUUGUGAUGGCAAAGACAGGCGGUUCUACUCUGAGAGGUGUAAUGGCCUCAAACCAGCAGGAGAAUCCCAGUUAACUGAUCGGGACCCCCUGCGGGCCAUCCCUGAUGGUUGCUAUGACAGCGGCGAUGGCUUUUAUGAUCCCAGCACUAGAGUCGUCAAAGACUAUGAUUGCAAUUUUCUCAGGAACGCAGACGACCAAGAACACGAGUGGAUUGUGCGUACCUGCAGGAAGAGCUGGGAUGAGUUCAUUGGCCACUGUCCAAGAGGCAACACGCUGGAGGAGAAUUGAGAACACUCACACACACAGGCAGGCCAAAUCUGAAUGACAUAUUAAUAAUGCAGCUUUAUGACGUUAAUUCGUUUUG